AUGGAGGAGGAGGGAGAAAUUGGGUCGCAAUGUCGGGCGCGACUCGAGGCGCUGCAACUAGAUGCCACCGAUCCGCGGGCGACGCGCGAGGCGCUGCGAUGGGGUAUGCAGAUGCUGGCUCGAAUUCAGUGCAGCGGCAGUGGCAGGGUGGAAUCGCGUGAAGCCGUCGAGAAUGCGGCUGGUUAUGAGGCGUCGAGUAGCAGCAGCGGCAAGAGGAGAGUCUCGGAGUCCCCUCUGGCUAAUCCAAGCAGCAAAAUUCCGAGGCUGGAUUCUACCUCUAGGUGGAGUUUGCAGGGAUUUCUCAAGAUGGUGGAGUGUGGCGAGAUUGGAAACUGGAUGGCCGAGCGUGUUUCAUCCAAUAUGCGAUCGUUGGACGCCACAGCCUUGGUUGCCUUUGUCAGCCAGUGUCUCCUCUUGAGCCUAGAUCAGUCUCCAGAAGGAGGUGCUGACGGCAGCGUCAACUAUCUAUGGUUACAUUGGGUGAUGGUUAAAGAGGUCUUGUGCUCCAAUCCGACAAGCCGUGACGAGAAUUUGAUCGAGCUCCCGGAGCUCGAUUGGCUGCUGGCGUAUCUCACAGCCGCGGAGCCAGAAAAUUUUCUCCAGUCACUUAUGCACGACGUCCUUGUGAAAGAAUACAAAUCGAAGGAUGCGUCCAUCGUUCCUUACGUCAAGCAAGCAGGGAUUCUUGAGUUUGCUGCCUCAAGGGUACCAGAGUUGGUAGUACCUGCAGUGAUCCUUUUGAUGCAAAAUGACGAUGGGAGUGAGUUUCAGUACAAGAUGCAUGCAUGGGCUGUGCAGUCGGCACUCUGUCCGAAGUUCCUCGCGACUGUAGCAACCGCGCUGGUGACGAGUGUCGGGCUUGAGUCCCUGGAAAAGUUUUGGAAAGCUGCGAAUUUCAGGCAUGUUUUUUUGCCAGUCUUCUGGACAAGCAAAUUGGAGUAUAAGCCUGCUCUAGACGGAUGUCAUACCAGGGCGUGGCUUUCCGUGCUCAUAAUCAAGCAUUUCGAGCAGCUGUCGCCUGUUGCUGCUGAUAUAGUUUUGCUUGUCAGCAAAGUCGAUCCCGCAUUACUGGAGUGGUUGAACAAGAGAUUAUCGUCUUUUGUUAUGAUGCAAGCAGCAGGAAAUUCAGUCAGCAGUUCCUUCCUGCAAAGUCUGGUGCAGAACACGCAAAGACUCUGGAACAAUAUCUUUUCUAGAACAUCGGCGAGCUGUCAGUCGGAACCUGUCUAUGCGAGGGAUGCUCUGGUACAGACGUGCCAGAUUACGCUACUGGGAUCCGAUAAUGAAGCAGCCACUGAGUUUCUGGCACAAGCUUGUGCACACGGCGGAAAUGCGGAAGUUUUGGCAAUCUUUGUGACGCUAACACAGAUGCUUGGAGUUAUGGGCAAAGCUCCUGCGAUCCUCACACUUUGGGCUAAGAAGGUUGUCGACCAGCUUCACGUCUGUGAUAGCGCUCAGGUAUUGGUGCGAAUUUUGGCAAUCCGUCAACUUCUGAAUCCUUCCUUUUGGAGCCGGCAUGUUGUCGGAACUGCUUGGAGGUCUUCACUGAAAAACUUAUGCGACGCAUUGAAUGGAAAAUGGCUGGGGAUUCUAGCGUUAUUGCAGAGAGCUGACAAUGCCGAAAGCUCCUUGCAUACGCUGGGUGUUCUUCAGUCUCUUGCCAUGGAAGGAACUAUGUCAUCUGAAGACCUUUCUCGUCACCUUAAGGGAGCACUAGGAUUGCUGUUUUAUCGUCUAAAAAAGAUGGACAAUAUUUCUGACUAUACGCUUACUGAUAGCCGAUGGAUUUUUUUACGAGAAGCUGCAAUCUUGAGAAGAAUCAUAGCUCACCUGGGUUCAUUUUCUUUUGCGCUAUUUAAUUUGUUGGUGACCAUCCUACUGAAUUUCUCCUUUGAAGCUGGCAUUAAGAGGCAACUUGGAAUGUCUUCAAACAUUGAUAUCUCAAAGGUGGAGCAUCUGAUGUCAAAGCCAGGAUUUCAAACCACGAUCGCACUAGCGGCUGGAAAUGUUGAUCGCUACGGAAGGAUGGAGUUCAUAUUUUCAAAGCAGCGGCAGUUGGAUGAUUGUAGUAAAAGCUCAGGUAUCACUCAUAGCAUGGAGAGCAGAAACGACUCUAAGAGAACUGAAGCUCUAAAUCCGACUUUCACCGAAAUUUGCAGUCUCUUAGAGCAAUCUUUCAGAAAAUCUAUUGCACGACAUCAAGAAAAGCUAGAAGCGUGGCCGUGCCAUCCAGUUGAAAUCCUAGAAAAACUGCUGGUUGAUCGACUGGAAACACCACAUGAGAUCUCUAUCACGAUGGAACAGUAUGAGGAGGUUCUUCCAAAACAUGUAGCUUUUGUUCGACACACGUUCAUCACCGAGUGCUUUCAUCAAAACCCGCUCCUUUUCAAGGUGCUCGAGCUCGUCAUGGAACACGGACAAGCUAGACAGCUCGAAGCCUGUGCAGAGUUUGUCCGUGCUUUACUGGCGGACUCUAUUUCGCACUGGUAUGGAGCAUUUCGCCGUCAGCAAACUGCUUCCGCGGACAAGGACAGAAUGCAGCUCUUCAACAUCAUUCAGCUCGUCACGUCCGCUCGCUGGCUUCCGCAACCUCUCGCGUCAUGUGGUGAGAUAAUCGCGCUAAUCAGCACCGAAGACGUGACGACACUGCUGCUGAUAAUCUGGCGGUGCAUGCACAACGAGCUAGCUUCAGCCAAAAAUCCUUCCGAAACCAACUCCGCUCACCAGGCUACACCCGAAGAGAACAAAGACAUCCCAGGUCGAGAUUGGGAGACGCAGUUCCUCUCCAUACUUCGACACAACGUCUCUCGGAUAGGUGCUCACUUCGUUCGGCUCUAUCCACAGCACAAGCUGGUCACGGAGGCGAGCAAUGAAUCACUGGCGAGCACCGAGACGGAUCAAACCGGGCGCGUUACAGAAUGAGGAACUUAUAGAACAGCGUUUCUUCUUGAGCAGCACCACACAAGAAGCUGGAGCUGCAAAUCCAUCCAUGGCAAAGGGAGGAAGAGACCAAGAAAGGUAUGCUUUUGCUUUUACGUCUCAACGCUUGGAGUACUGAGGAGACUUCCUUGCCUUGUGCUUGCCAGCCUUCUUCCUCUCCACCUUUCGCGGGUCUCUUGUCAAGAAUCCCAGCUUCCUCAAUGGCUGGCGGUGGGACUCGUUGAUCUUGAGAAGGCAUCGCGAGAUCCCCAGCCGGAUUGCCUGCGCUUGGCCCGAGAGACCACCACCGUGCGCUUUGACGAUGGUGUCGUACUUUCCUUCGAAGCCGAGGCUCCGGAGUGGAAGCUUUACGUGGAAAAGCCACAAUGGAUUUCCUUGCAAGUACUCCUGGCCAUCGAAAGAGAAGCUUGUCAGCUCAGUUAUCUUCUUCUUCUAAAGAACAAUCUCUAUCUUCUCCUCCUCCUUGCAAACUGAAGAGGAGGAUUCUCA